AAGACCUUGCUGCGGGGUUGUAAAGGUUUGCUGUAAAAGGUGAAUAUACUAUAUAUGUUUGUCUUGAUGGAAACGUUUUAUUUUAAAUAUCAUCAAGGCCUUACCUCGUGCGAUCAUAUUCUUCUACCCAUUCUCUGAUAUUUUGAUCAUAGUAGAUUUAAUACAUAGGAAUUGUUAGCAUUGUUAUUUUUCAUUUAGUUAAUCCCGCUCUAAAUGCGCUGCUGUGAGUGUGAACGCAUAUGUCUAGCUGUUUACGGCAGAACUGAACUGUAUUUUUCUUUGAGCCCUCGUGUUGUUUUGCCCAGUGUGUGAACAUUUAGCUGUUUUUUUUUUUUUUGGCUUUGGUUUUUUUGAGAACCACAUUCUCAUCUCACCAUGUAGAUAACAAAUCUCAUAAUCAUACUCUUUAUUGGAAGUGUAAAACACAGAGUGAAGAAGUUUCAAUAAGAUCAUAUUCGGGAAAUAAAAUAUGGCAGCAAUUACUCCUCGUAAAGUCAGGCAGACAAUCAGCUGAUUUAAAGGAGCUCAGUCUGUUAUUCGGGCUGUUGCCGGAAUUUUGGCCUCUUGUGUCAUGGCCGUGAAACGUAAAUAAAAUCAAUUCUGGUAAUUUUAAUUCAUUUAAUGUUUAUUUUGGCUGCUUUUAGCAGCGAUAGCUCGAAAAUAAAAUAAUAUUAACCGAGUCUGAAAACGACUUUAGAGCAGCUGCUGUACUGGAACUCCCAUCACAAAGUGGAUGAGUCUUGGUAAUUAGAUCAAAUAUUUAUUUAUUUAUUGUUGCUGUUGUUAUUAUUGUGCCGGAAUUGAAGGAAGACGAGACGAAAAUUACGAUACGUAGCAAGGAUAGGGCGUUUAUGGCCUCCAGUUUUGCAAAGGGCGCGUCGUAAAGCCCCCUUUUUGUUUCUCAGCUGAAAGGACAUAAUAUUAUAAUUUGUCUCAGCGUUAGCAGCCACGUUCUCCUCGCCUGUUACAUUUGCUGGUCAUCCUUGCAUAUUUAUACAAGCACAUGAUGAUAAGAAGACGUGUUUAUUUUCUGGCCACACGCAAACAUCAGCAGUCGAAACGGAAAGAAUAAUUCUAAAACCUCAGUUAAAUUUAAAGGGAAACUCUGGUCUACUCACCCCCCAUCUACCCUCCCCAUCUCUCGUUUCAUUGUGAGUUAAACACUGUCUGUCGGGUUCCCUGAUAUUUUCACGCCUUCGCUUCCACUGCAACUCCACUUGAAGGAAUCAGGGUGAGAAAUAAGAACGAUUCAUUAAUGACACACAUAAACAUAGCAGCACCGGUGCAGCCAACACUAACCUGUGCAAAACUUAAGUAAGGCAACGCUUUUUAUUUUGGUUGGAUAGAGGAGCGGUGUGUGCGCGCCCCCGUGUGUGUGUGUCCUCUUUUCUUGCUUUAUAUUCUUCACCUUCUUCGUCCUGUUCUUCUCCUUCCCCCGUUUCUUCUCCCAUCUUUUUUCCUUCUCUCAUUACAUUUUUAUAAUCACAGGCGCACAGAGGCUCCGUCAGACAGAAACUAUCAUCUAUCAGUUUAUAAGCGCGUGCGUGCGCAAAAAGAACGGGGGAAAUUGAAAAAAAAAAAAGACUCCGCAUGUGUUUGUGUGUGGUUUGCGCGCGGGCUGGUGCACACUUGUCUGUAUGCCUAGAAAACCCAAUGGGAUGAAGAGCUGAUAACAGAUGCAAAUUAUCCUUGAAACACACACACAUACACACACCCUGGCCCAGGAGGCGAGAGAAAGAGAGGGCGCGUGAGACACAGCCGGAGAGAGAGGGGGGGUGUGAGCGAGAGAGAGCGUGCAAGGGAGAGAGAGAGAGAGAGAAGGAGAAAAAUAUGAAACAACUCAUUUGCAGGGGAGUAAAUCACGGAAAAGCCGUUUGAGAGCGCGACAGGGCUUACAGCGCAAACACCGGAAUUGUGAUGCGCACGAGCCCUUCCUUAUCCUCUUCUUCUCCUUCCUCUUAUUUUUCUUCCUCUGGGCUGGAAAUUCUAUGGAAUCACUGUGAUUAUUGUUAUAUUAUUGUUGUUGUGGUGCUGGUUGUGGUUCUCACAUUUCCGGCUGCCGUCACCGUUACUCACACCGCAACCGACUCGUCUGUUGCCGCCGUGAGGUGGAAAACACUACAACAACGGUCACUUACACCGGCGGCGGACUUGCCUCACUCUCCCUACUCGCUAUCUGUGUGUGUGUGUGUGUGUCUGCCUCAAACCGUACCACAGAAGCAGCAGAAAAAAAAGAAAACAGUUGAAAGCCACUGGUCUCUUCCUUCACCCUCACUCUGACUCUGCCGAGCCGAACACAAAUUAAAACAGAAAACAACACAAAAGAUGAGUUCAUAUUUCGUCAACUCGCUCUUCUCCAAAUAUAAAAGCGGGGACUCGUUACGUCCGAACUACUACGAGUGCGGGUUCGCGCAGGACCUGGCUGGCAGCCGGCCCACCGUGGUGUACGGCCCGAGCUCCGGCGCCACCUUCCAGCACGCUCCGCAAAUCCAGGACUUCUACCACCACAGCGCCUCGACGCUGCCCAGCAACCCAUACCAGCAGAGCCCGUGCGCGGUCACAUGCCACGGUGAACCCGGGAACUUCUACGGAUACGACGCCUUGCAGCGGCAGACACUUUUCGGCACCCAGGACGCGGAUCUGGUUCAGUACAGCGACUGUAAGCUGGGAGGCGCGCCCGGACUCGGGAGCGAGGACGCGGAGGGCACCGAGCAGAGUCCCUCGCCGACGCAACUCUUCCCUUGGAUGAGGCCGCAAGUAGCUGCUGGCAGGAGGCGGGGCCGCCAAACCUACAGUCGCUACCAGACCCUGGAGCUGGAGAAGGAGUUCCUGUUCAACCCCUACCUGACCCGGAAACGCCGUAUCGAGGUGUCGCACGCGCUGGCGCUGACGGAGAGGCAGGUGAAGAUCUGGUUCCAGAAUCGGAGGAUGAAGUGGAAGAAGGAGAACAACAAGGACAAGUUCCCCAGUAGCAAGAGCGAACAGGAGGCAGUGGAGAGGGAGAGGAGGGAGAAGGAGCUGCGGGAUGGCGUCAGCGGCGGAGGUGGCGGUGGUGCAGGAGGAGGAAGUGGAGAAGGAGGUGGUGGAGGAGGCUCGGUGGCAGGCACAGCGGGGUCACAGGCUUCUGUGAACGACGAUUGCUGCGAGAAAAGCCACAAGCAAAUGUAGGGGAGAAAGAAAAUGGGGUAGAUGGGGACAGGGUGGGUGUAAAUGUUAGGCAGGAUGGGGUGAGGGGUGGGCUGUUUUUUCUUAACUGAGGCCACUGGACUCCCCUGCUGUCUCCACGAUUCAAUCGUUGGAAGGGAACGUGAGUUUC